AUAAUAAGAUCGUGUUUGCGGUCGCUGCCCGAGGAGGAAUUCGGAGGAGGCGCGAGGCCCGGAGCUCGCACGGAAGCCAGAAAGCUCGGCGGGGAGGCGGCAUGAGGCUGGCGACGCGGCUCCUGUGAGCUGCACGCGGCGGCGGCGGCAGCGGCAGCAGCAGGACUCGGUGCGGCCGGACGCGUGCUCCCCUCCCCCGCAGCCGGGCGGGGAUCUGCGGGGCCUGCGGUCCCCCCGCCACACGCACACACACCACACACGCACGCACACACCGCUGCCUCGCCGCUUUCUCUCGUCGGAGCGGCCGCUCGAGGCCCGCGGGGAGCGCGGCGCGGUCCGUCGGCCCGCGCAGGGAGCGGGCGGCCUCCCGGCAUCUUCGCGGCGACCAAGGACGAGCGGGCAAGGGAACGACAGGGAUGGCGCGUCCGCGGCCCCGCGAGUACAAAGCGGGAGACCUGGUUUUCGCCAAGAUGAAGGGCUACCCGCACUGGCCCGCCCGGAUUGAUGAACUCCCAGAGGGAGCUGUGAAGCCUCCAGCCAACAAGUAUCCUAUCUUCUUUUUUGGUACCCAUGAAACUGCAUUUCUAGGUCCUAAAGACCUUUUCCCAUAUAAGGAAUACAAAGACAAGUUUGGGAAGUCAAACAAACGGAAAGGAUUUAAUGAAGGAUUAUGGGAAAUUGAAAAUAACCCAGGAGUGAAAUUUACUGGGUACCAGACAAUUCAGCAACAGAGCUCUUCAGAGACUGAGGGAGAAGGUGGAAACCCUGCAGAUGCGAGCAGUGAGGAAGAAGGUGAUAGAGUAGAAGAUGGAAAAGGCAAAAGGAAGAAUGAAAAAGGAGGCUCAAAACGGAAAAAGUCCUACACUUCAAAGAAGUCUUCUAAACAGUCCCGGAAAUCUCCAGGAGAUGAAGAUGAUAAAGACUGCAAAGAAGAGGAAAACAAAAGCAGCUCUGAGGGCGGAGACACCGGCAAUGACACAAGAAACACGACUUCAGACUUGCAGAAAGCCGGUGAAGGGACCUAACUACCAUAAUGAAUGCUGCAUAUUGAGAGAAACCACAAGAAGUUUAAAUGCUUGAUUGUCUAAUUCUUGGAUUUGAUAUGAACCAACACAUAGUCUUUGUUGUCAUUGACAGAACCCCACCCAGUAUGUGUGUACAUUAUUCACAUUCCUCUCUGUUCUGUUGAAAGGAAAAAAAGACAUUUUGACCUUUUUUUAAGGUUAUUGACUUAAUUUUAUGUUAUUUGGUUGCAUGAAGUUGCCCUUAACCACUAAAAAUUAUCAAGAUUUUUGCACAGACUUUUCCAUGUCUAGGCUCCUUUUCCAAGGCAGUUCUGGUCAUCAGCUUCCGGCCUUUACUCCACCAUCAUCAAGUACUCAGUUAAAUAGUAAUUCUUUUUAGGUGGCUACUCAACAUAAUACUUAAGGAUGGGAUUUUCUUUCUUAUAGAACCCAAGAACCAACUCCUAGAUACAUAUUGUUGGUAUACUGGAGGUGAAAUUAAGUCAUCUUUCCAUUUUAAGGCCAUGUGUAAAGUUUAACUGUAGUAUAUAAUACCUGUUCUGUAUUAGAAAUAGCUAGUUGGAACUUACACUUCUCAAAACUCAUGUUGCUGUGUACACAACCUGAGUGUAUAUGUGAAUCUAGUGAGUCUUUUUGUGUUAUACCAAAAUAAAGCAAGGAUUUAUUUUUUUCCCAGUGCCAAUAUGAUUUGAGCUAAUCACUCAAGCUGUUCACUUUACACUUGAAAGCUGAAAUUAGGAGCACCAUGGGAAACCAGACAAAGCAUUGAUGCUUGAACAUAGACUUUUAAAAUAAAUUUUUCUUUGGGAACUAGAAUUAGAGUAGUUAACAUUCAUCCGCAAAUGAUUAUUAUGUGUACAUUAUUGUCGCUAUUGUGGUAAUAGAAUCUUAUUUAUUUUUAUGCCAGCUUAUACUGUGAGAACACUUUAGUCAGUUUGGGUUCCAUCAACUCUUAUGCUUGUCUUUGGAACAUCUUCCGUGUAUGUUUGAGGUUUGUAGCUGAAAAGUUUACUGUAAAAAAAAUUGAAAACAAAAAAAAUGUAUUGUUUUUACAGAAUAAAUCUAUUGGAAUGUGUACCGGGAGUAAGGUUUGAGGUUGUAAACAACUGAGUUAGUGUUACUUGGCUUCAUACAUGUAAUGUGAAGUAUUAAUGUAAUUCCUAUAUUAAAGCAAAGAUUGACAGCAAGUUGACAUUAGAAUUAAGUGCAGGUGAGGAUUUUAUUUUUUCUAUCUUUUUUUUUUAAUAUUCUAGAUGUUAGGUUAAUUGAAAACACUGGGAAGGACAGGAGUGACUAACAGUAUGAUCUGCCUGCACAUCUAAGAAAACACCAGCUCAGUGGACCCUAUGUUUACACAUAACCUUAUGUGCAUCCCAUUUUCUUUUGGUUUCUUACUUUGUUGAAGAACUAAUGAACAUGAAGACAAAAUACAAGAAGGCCCAGUGUCAUUGGGAUGAUGAAGAUGGUGCUGGGCUGUGAGAGUUAAGUGCAGUCUCCUUAUCCCUUCAGGGCAGACUGAGGAGGCUACUAUGUUUUGGGCUUGUUUCUGUCAUUUAGCAAUUAAUGGUUUCUUUAUUGUAUUUAUACAGUUCCAAGUAUGGAAAGUUCAUUAAGAGACAGGGUGCCACAUCAGGUUUUAUCUUUAAAAGGUACUUUUUAAAUUUUGAAUAUUUUAUUCUAAAAUUAAUGAAAUUCAUCAAAAGACCUCUUUAUUGAUCAUACUAAAACAUAAUGGAGAAUGUAGAUAAUAUUUUAAAUUGGAACAUAUAACAGAUUUCUUAAAUAAAAAGUUCAAAAUUUGUCAUGAAAAUGUAUACAUAAAAUGCUUCAAAUUUAAUAACAUUUGUCUUCAUAAAACACCAAAAAUAAUUUUAUUGAAAGUAUACACAGAAACACAAGAGAAAUAUUACUAUCCAUCAAUAAAACAAGUGUUCAUUUAAGGCUAAUAAAGUUGAUCUGUGUCAUCUUAGCUAUUUAAAUUCACAAUAGAAGUUUUGAUAGCAUGUUUUUAAAACAGAAAUAAGUGAUAUGCUUUUCUUAUGAAGAUACUUCAAACAACUUAAAAAUAACAAUGAUCUGGCAUUUAUAUUAAGGUUGUUAAUGACUCAUACAUUUCAUAUGAAGAAGUUAUUUCUCCAACCUGUAAUUGCUAUUUUGAAUUAUUUCAUAUGCAUAGUGAAUACGGUUAGUCAUUUUUAUGCUAUUUGUAGGCACUAGAGUUGUAAUUUUCACACAUAAUAUGUGCAAUGUUAAGAUUCAUGAUCACAUUCAUAGAAAAUUUUUGAUAUAUUUCUUUAAACAAGCUGUUUCUCAACUUCAAUUUCCCUUCAAAAAUGAGAAUAUGCCCAUAAAAUACCAUUAUUUUCAUUCACACAUACAUUGUAGAGAAUCUUUAUUCUCGUGAGCGUCAUGGAAGGGAAUGAAGUAGAGGAUCAGUUCCAUGUAACAGGGUCAGAGAGAGCAUGAGGUAUAUUUAUUCCACCUUUUCAUCUGCCUUUGUUCUUAUGAAGAACUCGGGAUUGUAGGUACAACGGUAGGCCAGGAGCUGAGGAAGAACUCCAUAUGCUAUGUUUAAUGCUAAAAAAAGGAUUUUUGCUUCUUCAGGGACUCUGUAGAUAUAAGCAGUUCUAGCAUGAAGGGAAGCACCAAUGUGAGAAAACUGAGCCUGUUUAUAUUAAAACAAAAAAAGAGUAAGCAUGAGAUCUGUUCACUUGGAUUAAUGAUCAAUUCUGAGUGACUCAUUCAAACCAUAUGCCCUCAAAACCUGUCUUAAGAGCAAAAUACCUUCAGAUAAUCUAGUCUUAAUACACAGUUUUUCACUAAAUUUAAGGUCAUUCUUUAUAAAAACUAUUCAGAUAAUGUAUCCUAUUUAAAGUGUGGUUUUAUCAUUCCAGUUGUGUGGUUUUUUGUUUUUUUUGCCCAAUACCAAACAUUUCUAAUUUGAAUCCUAGGAACACUACAUGGACACUCAGCUAAGUCUCACAAAUUGGGUUCCAAUUAAAAAUGAAGUUGAGUUUAAAAGCUAAAUUGUAGUUAGUAUAAUGAGCUACAUAAAGAGAAGCAGUGGGAGUCUCAAUGUUGUUGGGCAGACUGACUCCUAGAAGCCAGAGCCUCAUCAACAUGUACUUUUGUUUAUUUGUGUAUUUGGCUUUGUGCAACUUAAUAGCGCUGUGGUUGUUUGUGAGAUAUACUUGUCAAUAGUGUGACUGUGGAGGAUUAUAAAAUGACAGAUAUGUACACAGGCAACUUUCUCAAGUCAGACUGAAAGCUACUUAGAAUCAUGAGGGGUCAGCGUAAUCCAAGUUGCAGAGCACAAAGGCCAGGGCCUUUCUGUUUAUAUGCAUAGACUCUAUUCAGAAUGUGCCUGUUGAGUUUUACUUGGCUUGUUUGUUCUUAGUACUUUUCAUAAGCACAGAGAAAAACUAUUAGAAAAGUAAUACAGGCCAUAGCAGGAUUAAAAACCAAGAAAAUAUUUUCUCAGAAAACCUGUGUUAUUAUAAAAUGCAAACUCCAAGUCUGCAUUUUUUAUGUUUGGCUGAAAUUCCAUUUACACAUGAAUAAAGACUGAGGGUUUAAAUGUAAUAAGUAGUAAAUUAUUGGUAUACUGUGAUCAAAGUGAAAGAUAAAGGGUACUGUAAUCUGAAGAGGUGGAAGUAACAAGAAUGAAUCACUAGAGAACUUGUUUUUAAUGCAUUUGUUACCUUACAUUUCCUACAUUUAUUGUGCUAAGUGGUUUACAGAUGAAAAUGCUACUUAGCAUUUGAUUUGACCUUGACAAAAAAAAGGGCAAGCUUUUAUAAACAGCAUGUUUAGCAAUUUGUAUCAAUGGCAGAUAUUUUAAUGGGCUACAAUUUAUAAAUUACUGAUAUAUUCUGGAUACCUCCAAUAUGUUUUUGCUACUCUAGAGAUAAAUUAAAUUCCUGUGGUGUGUUGACAAGGACCAACAAUCGGAUUACCUUCAUUGUAAUCCACAGGCACUUAAGAGGGCUCUGCCCUCAGACACACCUCCCUAGGGCAGAUGGCCAAAGGCCCAGCAAAUGUUUGCAUCUCAGGGCUACACAGACAAAAGACCUUGAGAAUAAAGGGCACUUUGGAGACUGCCUUGAGGAGCUGCGGUUGUGGACAGUCUGGGAACUCUGAACAAAAACUUGGCUCCUGACACUAUUUUUCUCUAGGUCCUACUUUAAAUAGCUGUUUAUCUGAAUAAAUAACAAUUUUCUUCUGGACUAGAGGCCAGUUUUGAACUCUGGUUUUGUCAGAUUUGUGGGUUUAGUGAUUCUAUCCUAUAGAUUAUUGUGUACAUCAUAAAGCAAGCAGAAAUACCAUCCAUAGUUUCCAAGAGUAACAUGAGCAGUUGUAUUUGUGUAGACAAGCCUGCCUGAAAGGUCAGUGAUUCUGUGGGCCCUUUCCUGCACCAAACAGUGCAGCUAAUACCUCAUUUUCAUGAACAGUAAGGUCAUGGCAACAUUUAAAAAAAUGAUCUGUGUCCUUAGAUUAGAUUGUACGCCUCCUGGGCAGAUACUGUGUCUAAUGUUUUGUGUGGCACCUAUCAUUGUUAGAGUUCAAUAAACGUUCAACAACAA